CGCGGCGCUCACGUCACCAUCGUCUCGAGGAGUCAGGCCAAGCUCGACAAGGCCCUCGCGCUCGUCAAGACGCACCGCCAAUCCCCGUCCCAGAUCCUCCAAGCCUUUGCCUGUGACCUCACCGACCCGUCCGCCGCCGCCUCGACCCUGCGCUCGGCGUGUGCCGCCCACGGCGGCGCCGCACCCGACUCGCUCUUCGCGUGCGCCGGCGGUGCCGUCCCGUGCCUGUUUGCCGACAUGGGCGCCGACGAGCACUGGCGCUGCAUGGAGUGGAACUUCCGCACUUGCCUCAACACGGUCCACGAGGGCGUGCGCGCCAUGAAGGCGGCCGGGCCGAGCGCGGCGGGCCGCAAGCGCAGCGUCGUCCUGACGAGCUCGGUCCUCGCCCUCAUGAGCUUCACGGGCUACUCGAGCUACUCGCCGAGCAAGUACGCCAUCCGCGGUCUCGCCGAGGCGCUCCGCAACGAGCUCCUCCUGUACGGCAUCUCGGUCCACCUGUUCCUCCCGGCGACCAUCCUCUCGCCCGGGUUCGAGAACGAGCAGCGCCUCAAGCCCGCCCUGACCAAGAAGAUCGAGGGCCCGGACGAGGGCUUGUCGCCCGACGCUGUCGCCAAGGAGCUCAUCAAAGGCCUCGAGCGAGGCGACUUCUACAUCACGUACGAGCCCGUCGGCCACAUGCUGCGCAACUCGCGCGCCAUCACGCCGAGGAACAACGUCCUCGGCGACGCCUUCUGGCACCUCGUCGGCACGAUCGCGUUCCCGGUGUGGCGGUGGAUGUCGCCCGACGGCGAGGUCAAGAAGGAGGCGCGGCGACUCGCUACUGCCGCGGCUGCGGGUGGACAGGGCGAGCGGGUCGAGCGGUGA